CCGUCGAAAAGGCACCCUGGACUCCAUCACCAAGUGUCUUCGAACAAUCCGACUUGAGAUAUCCUUUGCAAAUAGAGCUUCAGUUCGGUACAGUUCAGUACAGUUCAGAUAGCAUACCAGGCCUCUAGCAAAGCAGCGUCAACGUUUUUAGUUCUCAAUCACCAAUAUCUUGAUCAGCAAGUCUCGCUGCAUUUUACAAGUGCCAGUACGAUGGGACCGCCGACAGACGCUCAAUGGGCAUCCAUGUCCAAGAUCUUGCAAAGCAUGAUUCAAAGGAGCGAUACCGGUACGUAGGUUGUCUUUCUCCUUUCAUCCUUGUGGUCUUAAUGCUUCCUGAUGGUCUUCAAUGAACUUGUUUGGUUCGUUUGCUUGGAUGAUUGUUGUUUGUUGGAUGUUUUUUUCGCCAUCUGCCAACAACGGCAUUUCUUUCUUGGAAACGCUUUGAAUGUUGCUAAAAAUUGCCUUCGUGUUUUUUAUUGCUUCCUUAUGGAUCCGCAUUUUUUCGGUUGUGCUGUUCGCGUGCCGUCGCCACUGCCACCUCAAAAACAGAACCGUUUCGAGUGCCCGUGGAUUGGAAAGGCAUGGGGUUGUUCGACUAUCCAACCCUAAUCAAGAAACCAAUGGAUCUCGGGACGGUAAAGAGAAAUAUCAAUUCACGAAAAUAUAAGUCUAUUCCCGAGGCUGCAGGUGAGUUCUGUCAUUCAUUCCUUCGACUUUCAAAGCACAGUGUUGUGCGGUGAAGUGGAGCAAAUUCGAUUGCAAGUUGAAGGGUACGACCAAGGAGUUCAAUGCAUCAACUUGUCUCAUUUUUAUGUCGCUACUUUCGAUGUCUAUUCCCGUGUACUACAGAGGAUAUCCGUUUGGUAUGGACCAACUGUAUGACGUACAAUCAAGACGGAUCCGAUUUUUACAUCCUGGCCAAAAAUUUGUCGAAACGGUUCGAAGAAAAGUAUGCCAAGUUAGCGAGCGAGUUACAAGUGGAUGCUCGCAGCGACAGUGGGGGUGGCACCAGUUCCAACAGCAGUGGUGUCGUGACUCUUGACGAAAAGCGAUCGUUCGCACGGAGUCUGUACACGCUGUCGAAGGAAGAUCUGGGAAAAUUGAUCGUGGAGGUGGACAACAAGUGCCCGGCCGCACUUACCAAAAACAUGGGCGAAGACGAGGCCGAGUUGAACGUUGACAAAAUUCCCGUUGCCCUGUUUCAAGAAUUGAAAACCUUUGUUUCGAACUGUCACACGACCGCUCCGGCAACCAAGAAAGGAACCAAGAGGAAGUCGUCGUGAUGCCAACAUGAGAUCUGAAACAACAUGUUUUGUGAUUUCAUCGCUGGGAGGUUUUGAUUUUGGGUAAGCCUGGUUUUAUUUUGUGAUGUCGACUGCAGUAGCCAAUGCAUUACAUUGCUGCCUUGUUAUAGUGCAAGAGAAAAAUGCGUCGUGAUGGGGUUCCAACGGAAAAUACGACGCUUAAUACAUGCGACGAUCUGCAAGGAAUAAGCUGUAAAUCAACCA